AUGGGCAUCAUCAAGGAUGAACACCGCAGAUUGAAGCCAAGUCACGCGCAGAGCCCGAUGACAUCCAAGUUGAAGAUUCUGCUGGUGGUGGUUUCAACCAAUCUGCUCUCCGUUUUUCUCUUCGCCGGGAGUUCCGCUUGGGUGGCGCCGGCUGUGCAUUUUGUCGACUCCGGCACGCUCCUCCGGGAGCUGAACGCCACCCAACGCCAGCUGUCCAACACCCUGUGGCAAGUGUCGCAGCUCAGCAAGCUGUUGGCAACCGCUAACUCCCUGCUCGAGACGACAUUGACGGACAUCGGCAAGGCCCACCGGGAGGACGAGGAGGAGUCGCCGGACGAGGACCUGGAAAAGUGGGCGCGCCGGCUCACCGGCGAGCUUAAACUCGUAGUUGGGCCCCACAAGUUCCCUCUCGGGUACAACCCGAACAUCGGCUCCGACGAGCUGUAUCCCGUGCUGGGCACCUCCUGCCGCCGGUACGAGGAGGAGCUGGUGAAGUACAUGAGCUACGAGGUGGGCGGUGAGUGCCCCUCCGACGAGUGGUUCGCGCAGCGGCUGAUGCUGAAGGGGUGCGAGCCCCUGCCGAGGCGGCGGUGUCAUCCGAAAUCACCGGUGGGGUACGUGGAGCCGGCGCCGCUCCCGGAGAGCCUGUGGGCGAUCCCGGCCGACACGAGCAUCACGUGGGACGCGUACACCUGCAAGAACUACUCGUGCCUGGUGAACCGGGGGAAGGCGCAGGGGUCGUACGAUUGCAAGGACUGCUUCGACCUGUCCGGGCGGGAGAAGCACAGGUGGCUGCAUGACAACGGGGAGCUUGACUACGCCAUGGACGAGGUGCUGGCGAUGAAGCCGGCGGGGACGAUCCGAGUGGGGCUUGACAUCGGAGGCGGUUCGGGGACGUUCGCCGCCCGGAUGUGGGAGCGGAACGUGACGGUGGUGACGAGCAGCAUGAACUUCGACGGGCCGUUCAACAACUUCAUCGCCUCGCGUGGACUGGUGGCGAUGCACAUCAGCGUCGCGCACCGCCUGCCGUUCUACGACAACACGCUCGACCUGGUGCACUCCAUGCACGUCCUCAGCAACUGGAUCCCCGACGCCAUGCUGGAGUUCGCCCUGUUUGACAUCUACAGGGUGCUGCGGCCGGGCGGUGUCUUCUGGCUCGAUCAUUUCUUCUGCCUCGGACAUCAGCUCAACGCCACCUACGCGCCCAUGUUCGAUCGCAUCGGAUUCCGGAAACUCCGGUGGAACGCUGGCCGGAAGCUGGACCGUGGCAUCGAGAAAAACGAGUGGUACAUAUCCACCCUCCUCGAGAAGCCCAUGACAUAAUUAAUUAAUCAGCCUUCUCUCCCGUUCAGACUUCCAUAUGAGAUGAAACUCAACUUACAACUAGA